AUGCCUGCGCCACUGGCCAAAGGCCUCAUAAUCGCCGCGUCCGUCAUCGUUGCUGCCGGUAUCGCCAUCUACGAAUCUCCCCAGGUGCGAGCAUGGGCGGACCAGACCCGUCGCAAGAUCGCUGUCGCUCUGCAUUCACUCGAAGGUAUCGCGGUUGAUCUGGACGAGCUGGCUAGGAUUGGCACCGAGAACGCUGAGGCGGCUGAGAAAAGGUCGAGGGCUGAUCGGACGAAGAGCUUCGACGAUCUUCUUGACAACGACGGCACUCUCAAGAACAACACUACUUCAACUGGCACCGAGACACAAAAGGGCGACGUCAGGAAGCGUGGAGCCGCUGGCUUCGCUGCUGGCGCCGUCGCCGCUGCUGCCAUGGCAAACCCCUUCUCCGACGACCAAACUCUCCUCGACAACGACGACCAAGACGACGCCCCCUCACCCAAACCAUUUACCUACUCUGAACCCAGCGCCUGUGAAAGUACCGCCACUAUUCAACACGUCGUCCCGUCUACUCCCCCCACCGCUACCCUCGUCGACCUAACACCCUCGCCCGAGACGCCCUGCCCCGCCCGCGCCUCACCCGAAGAAACCGAACAAGCCGCCCAAUCCUUCUACUCCUUCACAUCCUCGCAUGCCUCCCUCCCACCCCUUAUCCCCGCUGCCGAUGUCACCGCCGCAGAAGAAGUACAGGAAGAUGAAGAACCAGAACACGUCUCCACAGGCACCCUCACCCCGCGCUCCGAGCGCUCCACAACAAUGGCCGCCAUCUCCCCCACCUCUUCCCAAGCCCCAUCAUCACCUCACGCCCCCUCCUCCGUCGUUGACAUGUUCAGCAUGCAAAACGACACCGACCACGACGCUCGUUCAGAAAUCUUCUCCGAAGGCGGUUUCACGGAUGCGUUUUCCGAGGGCGGCUUCAGCGAGUUCGAGGAUGAGAGAAGGGGUGUUAUGACACCGAACUCUUGGACCGAUGUUGGCAGCGAUGAUGGGAGUGAGUGGGGUGGUGCUGCUGGUGGUAAUGGACAUGUUAGUCAGGUGCAUCAGUAG